UAACCUCAUCAUUUACACAGGUAACCUCAUCAAUUACACAGGGAACCUCAUCAUUUACACAGGUAACCUCGUCAAUUACACAGGGAACCUCAUCAUUUACACAGGAAUUCUCAUCAUUUACACAGGAAUUCUCAUCAUUUACAGGUAACCUCAUCAAUUACACAGGGAACCUCAUCAUUUACACAGGUAACCUCGUCAUAUACAGGUAACCUCAUCAUUUACACAGGUAACCUCAUCAAUUACACAGGAAUUCUCAUCAUUUACACAGGAAUUCUCAUCAUUUACACAGGAAUUCUCAUCAUUUACACAGGAAUUCUCAUCAUUUACACAGGAAUUCUCAUCAUUUACACAGGUAACCUCGUCUGACCUAGAAGACAGACAGUUCUAUCUUACUGGUAUAAAGAUACCUCUUUACUGCUGGGGAGACAGGAGGGAUUCAUUGGCCAUGUAUUUGUGCAUUUCUUUGCUUUUAUUGCUGUUCCCUUCAAAUCAAAGAUCAAAGCAACUUUGUGCAAUCAAAUGCCUGGGAACUUUUGUGGCUAAUAGUAGUCUCCUCUAUCUUUUUUUGCUAUCGUUGUCACUCCCGUCCUUAGCAUGUUCAAUCACUCAGGAGCUUAGUUAACUUUGUGACAGUUACUGUUCUCUCCAGGUUUGUGUUGAAUGAGAGUCAGAAGAGGCUGUUUGAGAAGCUGGCCAUCUACUGCGACCGUUACGCGGAACUCAUCCCUGUGUCCUUCGUAUUGGGUGAGACCUGUGUUCUGAAGCUUUUGUUAGGUUCCUGUGUAGCUGCUUUGUGCUCAACAUGGUUGGGGUCAACAUGGUUGGGAUCAACUCCAUUUCUGAAAUUCCAAUUGUCCCCAUUGCUUACAAUUGGAUUGGAACUGCUGUUUACUUUCUGAAUUUAAAUGGUAUGGACCCUUUAAAACCCUGGGGCUCAGUAAUCACUGAACCCUUUAAAACCCUGGAGCUCAGUAACCACUCAACCCUUUAAAACCCUGGAGCUCAGUAGUCACUGAACCCUUUAAAACCCUGGAACUCAGUAGUCACUGAACCCUUUAAAACCCUGGAACUCAGUAAUCACUGAACCCUUUAAAACCCUGGAACUCAGUAAUCACUGAACCCUUUAAAACCCUGGAGCUCAGUAAUCACUCAACCCUUUACAACCCUGGAACUCAGUAAUCACUGAACCCUUUAAAACCCUGGAGCUCAGUAAUCACUGAACCCUUUAAAACCAUGGGGCUCAGUAAUCACUGAACCCUUUAAAACCCUGGAACUCAGUAAUCACUGAACCCUUUAAAACCCUGGAACUCAGUAAUCACUGAACCCUUUAAAACCCUGGAACUCAGUAAUCACUGAACCCUUUAAAACCCUGGAGCUCAGUAAUCACUCAACCCUUUAAAACCCUGGAACUCAGUAAUCACUGAACCCUUUAAAACCCUGGAACUCAGUAAUCACUGAACCCUUUAAAACCCUGGAACUCAGUAAUCACUGAACCCUUUAAAACCCUGGAGCUCAGUAAUCACUCAACCCUUUAAAACCCUGGAGCUCAGUAAUCACUCAACCCUUUAAAACCCUGGAGCUCAGUAAUCACUCAACCCUUUAAAACCCUGGAGCUCAGUAAUCACUCAACCCUUUAAAACCCUGGAGCUCAGUAAUCACUCAACCUCCCCACAUAAACUGAAGUUACAGAUCAACCAUGUGCGAUAAUAGUGUGUGUGUCAGAGAACACCAUAGUGCUCAAUCAUAACUGUAUGUGAAACCUUUCUGAGGAUUCUGUAUUGAGCCUCCUGUUUUGAUGAGUCAGAUGUAUUAUGCUUGAUCAUUAUGGGAUGAUUAUAAGACAACGUAACGAUCAGGGGGUCGUACAUGCAGGUCACAGUAGUAUUACAGCCAUUGAUAAAUAACAUGUUUUUAGUCAUCUCCAUGUGUGUUUGUCUGUGUCUCCCUCAGGUUUCUAUGUGACCCUGGUGGUGUCUCGGUGGUGGGGUCAGUUUGAGAGUGUACCCUGGCCGGACCGGCUGGGUGCGCUGGUGGGGGGUCACGUCCGCGGUACCGACGAGAGCGCCAGGCUGACUCGCCGGACCCUGAUACGUUACGCCAACCUGUCUGGCGUGCUCAUUUACCGAUCGGUCAGCACGGCCGUCUACAAGAGGUUCCCCACCAUGGAACACCUGGUGCAGGCAGGUACGGUGUGAUGUCAUACACUGGCAGUUACGCUGUGUCACGCCAAUGUUGCAAUUAUAUGACGUCUGCGUUGACUUUAUGGUCGAAAUAUGAAGUCUUUCCCAAGAUAUCUUGAUCCCGUCAUAAAAAACACAUCUUUAUCCUACCAUACUGCUUGUAACAGAGACCAGUUGCUUGUAAUCUGGUUAUAUGAUGUCUUCCCAACCAGAAAAUGGCAUUAAAAGACAUUGUGUGCCAAAUUUUUGCCCGCUGGGCAUCAGCCUCAAACUGGCUCCUAGUAACUCCUCCCCUUCCUGUGUGUUUGUCCCCCAGGCCUGAUGACAGCAGAGGAACACAGGCAGUUGGAGGAGCUGCCCUCACCUCAUAACAAGUUCUGGGUUCCUUGCAUGUGGUUUGUGAACCUGGCUCUGAGGGCCCGCACCGAGGGACGCAUCAACAAUGACGUGGCGCUAUCAGCCAUUCUCAAUGUAAGUCUCUCUGUGUGUGUGUGUGUGUGUGUGUGUGGCCAGGGUGUGUGUGUGUGUGUGUGUGUUUGUGUGUGGCCAGGGUGUGUGUGUGUGUGUUUGUGUGUGUGGCCAGGGUGUGUGUGUGUGUGUGUGUGUGUGUGUGUUUGUGUGUGUGGCCAGGGUGUGUGUGUGUGUGUGUGUGUGUGUUUGUGUGUGUGGCCAGGGUGUGUGUGUGUGUGUGUGUUUGUGUGUGUGGCCAGGGUGUGUGUGUGUGUGUGUGUGUGUGUGUGUGUGUGUGUGUGUGUGUGUGUGUGUGUGUGUGUGUGGCCAGGGUGUGUGUGUGUGUGUGUGUGUGUGUGUGUGUGUGUGGCCAGGGUGUGUGUGUGUGUGUGUGUGUGGCCAGGGUGUGUGUGUGUGUGUGUGUGUGUGUGUGUACACAUGUUAUUUUUUCCUCACAUUGUUCCAUGUCUCUCCUCCUCCUGUCUGCAGGAAUUGAUUACGUUGCGGACACAGUGUCUGAAGCUAUACAGCUAUGAUUGGAUCAGCCUACCCCUUGUGUACACCCAGGUUCUGUUAUAUAUGUUUUGUAGUUCUACUUAAAGCCCCAUGCAGUCUUUUACAUUUUAUUUUUAAAAUCAUCACUGUAAGUCAUAUAAAUCACUGUGUGUGUUUAUUUCAUGAAAUUAACUCCAAACUAUAUUUUUUAUUGAGCCUCCUUUCGCCAAAAUGCUCAGUCUGAUCGUGUGGGCGUGUUGAUAUACAUUUUUAUAUAUUUAAAUACCCAGCCCUGAUUGGCGGAUAGGACUCUAGCGCUUACCCUGCUUACCCCUUCAAAGUAGGAGGAUACAUAUGCAAAUAAGAGAUGACUGGUCAUUGGUCUAAAUAAUCAGAUCGGUAGUGUUUUUGUGUUAGGUGGUGACAGUCGCAGUCUACAGUUUCUUCCUGGCAUGUCUGAUUGGUCGACAGUUCUUAGACCCCGCCCAGGGCUACGCUGGUCAUGACAUCGACUUAUACCUGCCUGUCUUCACCCUGCUACAGUUCUUCUUCUACAUGGGCUGGCUCAAGGUGGGGAGGAAGGGAAAGAGGGAAGGAGGGAAGGAAGGAAGGAAGGAAGGAAGGAAGGAAGGAAGGAAGGAAGGAAGGAAGGAAGGAAGGAAGGAAGGAAGGAAGGAAGGAAGGAAGGAAGGAAGGAGGGAGGGAGGGAGGGAGGGAGGGAGGGAGGGAGGGAGGGAGGGAGGGAGGGAGGGUGGAUGGUUGAUUGUAUGAUUGAUUGAUUGGUUGAUUAAUUGAUUUUCGCUGUGUGUGGACAGGUGGCAGAACAACUGAUAAACCCGUUUGGGGAAGACGACGAUGACUUUGAAACCAACUAUCUGGUUGAUCGCAAUCUACAGGUUUGGUGUCCUCCAUUUAAAAUGCCAUUAAAUUCUUCUGCUCUAUUUGGCUAAUCAUUUAAUUUGUUCAUUAGGCUAUGCGGAACAGAAAACAAACGUUUUGCAACAGGAACUUACAAUAAGCGCGUCUUAUUGGAGAAAGCCAGGUAGUCCCUCCCUGUUUCAGACUGUUUUCAUCCAUUUGAUGCCUAAUGAACACAACCCUGUACUACCUCCUAUCCUGUUCUAUCCCUCCAAGGUGUCCCUGCUGUCUGUGGAUGAGAUGUACGACACUCUCCCAUUGGUAGAGAGGGAUAAGUACUGGAACGAGUCUGAACCCCAGCCUCCCUACACUGCAGCCAGCGCAGAGCACCGCAAACCUUCCUUCAUGGGCUCAGCCCUGAACAUCAGGUACCCUAAACUCCAAAAAGGGUUCUGCGGCUGUCCCCAUAGGAGAACCACUCCUAUCACCCCUCUAGUGUGCUAGCUAACACACUCCUAUCACCCCUCUAGUGUGCUAGCUAACACACUCCUAUCACCCCUCUAGUGUACUAACUAACACACUCCUAUCACCCCUCUAGUGUACUAGCUAACACACUCCUAUCACCCCUCUAGUGUGCUAGCUAACACACUCCUAUCACCCCUCUAGUGUACUAACUAACACACUCUUUUCACCCCUCUAGUGUACUAGCUAACACACUAUUUUCACCACUCUAGUGUGCUAGCUAACACACUCCUAUCACCACUCUAGUGUACUAGCUAACACACUCCUAUCACCCCUCUAGUGUACUAGCUAACACACUCCUAUCACCCCUCUAGUGUACUAGCUAACACACUAUUUUCACCACUCUAGUGUGCUAGCUAACACACUCCUAUCACCACUCUCUCUAGUGUUCCAAAAGAGGAGAUGGAGUUCCAGUCCAACCUGGAGCAGAUCAAGGAGCAUGAGGAGGCCAACCACUCUACUCCUCUCCUGGGUGGUCUGAGUCGCCUCCUGGGGGUUCAGUCCCCAGUCUUCCCCCGCUCCUCCAUCUCCUCCCGGGUCUCCCUGCUCCGCCGGCGCCCCGGAGCUCCGUUCAGCCGCUUCCCCCUCUGCCUGCACACCGAGGGGGCCACCUUCACGCCGGGCCCCGGCCCCCGCCACGACUCCAGCCACCUGGACUACGUCUUCUCCUCCAUGCCGCUGUACGAGAGGUCCGGCUUCUACAGCUGUCCCCAGACCCCCAUCCACUGUGUUCCCCCGGCCAUGCCUCACCUGCGGCCCGCCCGAGGAGCUCACACCUGGGAUCGCAGCUCUAGCUCCCUGGCCCCUCCGAUGGUGGGCUCUGGAGGUCUGCUACCCCCUGACACCCCGAGUCAUAUGCCCCCUCUGCCCUCCUCUGCCUUCCCCUGGCUGAGUGAGGAGGGGGAGGGUCCUUGUCUUCCGGCCUUCUCCUUCCCUGAUCCUGUUUACCCUCCGGAGUUCUGCCUCAUAUCGAAGCUCCGGCCCGGGCAGGGCCUGCUGUCUCGACAGCCCCUGCCUCCCUGUAUGUCUCUGGAUAACACACCAUUGCCCGACGGCCUACAGCCUGGACCCCUCAGCCCCCAGGGAGGUGGAGGGGAGAGGGUGUUCUCUUUUAACCCUCCCUCUCGCACCCCAGCAACCAAUCCCAACACCAGCUCCUCUAGUAUUAACGCCACCAGCACUAUGAGCAACACCAAUCCCAACACCACUACUCCAGCCAACUUCUGCAAUGGUACCAGCCACAACAACGUUUGUAACCAUGCCAAUUUCAACAACAGCAGCACUCAACGAGCAGGUAGCAACAGUGGUACCAAUGGAGGACUGAGCAGCAACGUCAUCAACAUCGCCAUUUCCACUUCCGCGUCCUCUCAGCAAUCAGCCAUUCAACAUCCAAACUCGCCCAAUGAUUCAGGGAUUUCAUUGGCUGAGGGAGACCCUCACUGGUUGGGAGCUCUGGUGGUGGAUAGUGGGAUGAACAAGGCUCCUGGGGGGCGGGGGCAGGACUGA